AUGUCUCCAAAUGCAAAGGGUAAAGUUGUCAUUGAGGAAUUACCAGAAAAUGAUGAUCAAAGGGCUAAAUAUGAGGCUGAAGUUCAUGUAGAAUCUCCAUUGAGAAAUAUGAACCAUAUCAAUGAUGAGCCAAUUGGUGAGUACAUGUCUUUGAUUCUUUUUAGGAGUAAAACUGAGGCAUUCUCUCCAGAGUAUAGAAGGGGUAGAUUUGGGAAUGCAAAAAGAGAGGAAGGUUCUUGUAGCAAGAGGCUUAAUUUAGAGGAUAUUGAUGAUUUAAAAGAGAAGGAAAACACUAAUGAAGAUGUUAAGGGGGUUCAUGAGGCUGCAACUGUUGUUGAAGGAUGCUACAAUCUAUUUACUUCAAAUAUUGCUAAUGUAGGGGAUGAGAUGAUUGGGGUUCAUGAUAAUGACCAUAUUGAUAGAUGCUACAACACCCCACCUAUUAAUUGUUGGGUUAUGAGCAUUCUAACACUCCUAAGUGAACCAACUGGCAAUCGUAGCUCUCAAAAAGCUUCUGUCGAACUCUGA